CUAAUCUACUACAAAAUCACUCACUUGCCCAGUACUCCGCCGUCAGACCCGACCCAUAAGCCUUCACGAAAAAUAACGCGGCGAAACCAACAUUACCUACAGUCGCAUGACCUCCGACACUCGGAAGCUCAUGACGGGCGAUGUUGACGUCUGCUGCCGGGGCCUAGGCAUUUUUUCCCACCCGUGGAGCGACAGCUUUGGUCGAUACGGACCGUUUGACAAGCCUCGCAGUGACGACACGGCGAGGAUUCAGUACGAUGGGACGGAGAUAGAGAAGCUGCGGAAGGAGAUUGAUGCUUUGAGCGGGCGAUAUGAGAAGAUGGAGCAGGUAGUGCGGGAGCGUCUGAGAGAUGCGCGGGAGCAGACUGAGGCUCUGAGUGAGUGCAAUGUGAAGUUACAGAAGGCGGUAAGGAAUAUGAGAGUUGCGAGGCGGAGGUGGGUGAGUGGGGGUGGGAGAAGUGGGUUUGGUGAAGAUGAUUGGGCUAGUAAUACGGCGGGAUCUAGGAGGGCUGGGAAGACCGCUGCCCAAAAUUGGAUACUGGUGGGAACUCGGGUGGUGUACUGCGCUUUAGGAUCUUUCGUGGUGUGGCACUGCUGCUUGAAAGCAGAGAAAGCAAAGGAGAAACAGGAAAACAGAGUAGAUUUCAAUCUUGGACGUUGCAUUAGAGUUUGGGACCUCUGUAAUUAGUGCUGUAGGGAAAAAUAGCAUAUAGAGAGG